AUGUCAGGUUUGAUGACGAAUACAGGAUUUAUAUUCACCAUAGGCCAUGGGCUAUUUGAAUUCUGCCGUGCCCUCCAACUAACUUGGAAUGUCAGACUUUUGGGUCUGCUGCUCGAUUUUGGCGCUGAUAUCAACCAGCUUACAGACGAAGGUUACAGUUCCCUUGGCCUAUCAUUACUUUAUUAUUACUAUCAUUAUGAGCAACAAUACUAUCAUUUUAUCCAUUACCUCCACAAGCAUUGCCAUGAAAAAAUCUUGAUCUGCGAUUCGAAAGCCUCUACAGUUGAGAAGGCAGCUAUCAAUGGCCAUCAAUCAACAGCUCCAUCGAAGCUCGCUAUUAGGGCUGGUGGAUUUGCUGGGGUAGCUGCCUUUGAGGCGGACACACGGCCAUUCGUGGAUAUCUGCAACAAGGGGGGUGACUUAAGUAGGGGAACUAGCAACGAUGUCACAUGGUCGUGUCGGCAACACUCUGAAUCAUCAGAUUUUCGGAGCUCAGGUAAAGCCUUAUUUCUUAAGACAAAAUAA